UGUAUCUCGAAUUGCGGCUAACGGCAGCAGCAAACAAUUUAGAGCAAAAUCGAAAGAGUUCAGAAAUUCUCGUUGUUUCCCACAAAAUUUUUGUUAGCGCUUUGCUGGUCCUCCCUGCUUCGUCUGCGAUUUAUUCCUACUCCGACUUUUGUGUUUUGUUCAGCAGAUGGCAAUUUUGCUGGUUCAUCUUCGGCGCCUCAUACUGCUGAUGAGCAUCGUCUAUUUGAGCGGCGCUGUGAUGCGACGCCUGCUGAGCGAAUCGCGGCACACCUACCUGCAACACAUCAAUGGCAAAAUGUUUACCGCCCGGCAUCUGCACUUCCAAGCCUGGGCCUAUAUUUACACCGCCUAUGCCUAUCUGGUAUUGGUGAACUACGUUAGUGUUAGGCGAUUCACGAACAUGUUGGAGUUUUUUCUCACCUGAUCGAAAUCAUUUACGUAUUGCGAGUUGUGGAGAGUGAGGUUAUGAUAAAUGGGUUUGUUUGUAAUAGACUAAUCAUAAUGUAUGGAAUAUACGGAAAUAUAUGAAUUAAAUAUUAG